AAUAAUCAUGAACAAUUAUAAAACAAUAACAAUUAGAUAUAUGAGAAUUUUGUUCAUCACACUAUGUCUAUUCAAUUAUUUGUGUAUAUUAUUUGCAUCACGAUUAGAAUAUCGUAUUCAAAAUGGUUAUCCAGUGAAUCUUGGUGAAUUUCCAAUGAUUGUAUUAUUAUUGGGCAAUACACAUUUAUGUACUGGUACAAUUAUAGCACCGGAUAAAAUUUUAACAGCUGGUCAUUGUGCAUGCGGUGAUCCAACAUACGAAGUUCAUGCAAAUUUAACUAAAAUCGAUGAACGAUUCACACCUUAUACACAAUUUCGAUUAGGUGCAUAUUUCAAUUAUCCUGAAUCAUAUAAAAGUCAAUGUGAACAACUUAAUAUAGGUUCAACUGGUAGUCAUGAUCAUCUUGGUGGUUCACCGGAUAUUGCUAUUUUAACAUUGACUAAAAAAUUAUCCAUUUCUAAAGGAUGGAUAGAAAUUGCUUCAUUAAAUUAUAAUUUCUCGUUUAUUGAAAAUGAUGGACAACAGCAACAAGAAGAUAUGAAUAAUGAUUAUUUUAUAUUAGGUUAUGGUGAAGAUACUACACAAGGUGAAUCAAUUGGUCAAUUACGUUUUGGUUUAUUAAAAUUACAAGAAUGUCCAAAACAUAUUAAAAUACCAACAGAUGGAGCACUUUGUUCUAAUAUCAAUAGUAAUAAUCAAGGACCAGAUGUUGGUGAUAGUGGAGGACCAAUUUUUGAUAAAAAUGGACAAGUUGUCGGUGUUACAUCUAUAGCUGGUAGUGGUUGGUAUGUAUUUUCUAGUGUUACUACACAUAAAGAAUUUAUUCAACAACAUUUACCUGCUGAGUAUAAAUUGGAUUCAAUUAAUGAUAAGAAAAUCAGUUCAAUGGAUUCUUCCACUAGUUCGAUGGGUUUGUCCACCAGUACGAUGGUUUCUUCCACCAGUUCAAUAGAUUCUUCCACUAGUUCAAUGGGUUCUUCCACCAGUCCGAUAGAUACUUCCACCAUUUCGAUGGAUUUCUCGACGAGUUUGAUGAAUUACUCCACCAUUUCAACGAAUCCUUCCACCAGUUCGAUGGAUUCUUCCACCAUUUCAAUAAGUCCUUCCAUCAGUUUUAUGAAUUCCUCCACGAGUUUAAUGAAUUCCUCCAUGAGUUUAAUGAAUUCCUCCACGAGUUCGAUGAAUUCUACCACCAGUCCGCUAGAUUCUUCCACCAUUUCAACGAAUUCUUCCACCAUUUCGAUGGAUUCUUCUAUCAGUUUGAUAGAUACUUCCACCAGUUCAAUAGAUUCUUCCACAAUUUCAAUGAGUCCUUCCAUCAGUUUAAUGAAUUCCUCCACCAGUUCAAUGAAUUCCUCCACUAGUUCUAUGAAUUCUUCCACCACUUCAACGAAUCCUUCCACCAUUUCAACGAAUUCUUCCACCAUCUCAAUGAAUUCUUCCACUAUUUCAGUGGAUUCUUCCACCAGUCCAAUGGGUUUGUCCACCAGUCCGAUAGAUUCUUCCACCAUUUCAACGAAUUCUUCCACCAUCUCAAUGAAUUCUUCCACCAAUUCAACUGAUAUUCCGUAAUCAAUUUCCUUUUCAUUAUCUUCUUUUAGUUUGUUUUUUCUUUUAAAAAAAUAAUCAGAUUCUUAAUUUACAAUAG